GGGCAAUUGACACAAAACCCUCCUGCUACCUGCAGUCCAAAGACUGAAGCAGUCUCAAGGAUCUCCAACAUCUCUACUCGGCAGAAUGAAAUACGCACAGUAUGUUUUCCUGGCCUCGGUCUUCUACACUGUUGAAUACAGCCUAGCUCAGACCUGUGCAGUGGAGUCUUUCUCUGUGAAAGACAAUUUUGAUCCAAAAAGGUAUGCAGGGAAAUGGUAUGCCCUGGCCAAGAAGGAUCCAGAAGGCCUUUUCCUUCAGGACAACAUCUCUGCUGAAUACACCGUGGAGGAAGAUGGCACAAUGACGGCAUCCUCCAAAGGCAGAGUCAAGCUUUUUGGUUUCUGGGUGAUCUGUGCUGACAUGGCUGCUCAGUACACAGUACCUGACCCAACCACUCCAGCAAAAAUGUACAUGACCUACCAGGGACUGGCCAGCUACCUCUCCAGUGGCGGGGACAACUACUGGGUGAUUGACACUGACUAUGACAACUAUGCCAUCACCUACGCCUGCCGCAGCCUGAAGGAGGACGGCUCCUGUGACGAUGGCUACUCCCUGAUCUUCUCGCGCAACCCCCGCGGCCUCCCCCCCGCCAUCCAGCGCAUUGUGCGCCAAAAGCAGGAGGAAAUCUGCAUGUCUGGCCAGUUCCAGCCUGUGCUUCAGUCAGGGGCCUGCUAAAAGUACGCUUCUGAUCGUAUCCUUAAGCACAGAAACCAGACCGCUUGGUCUUGGAAGUUGCCACUCAACUAAUCA